CUAAAACAAACGUGAUAACAGCAAACUAGUUUGGAAAGUCCACCAGGUGCCUCAUAUAAGGCCUCUGAGUUCAAGCCAGUGAAUCAGAGCACUACCUGACUAGAGCUAAACGCACAGCCUGCUCCUCUUUUGCUGAAGCCAAAGACACACAGAGACUAAGACUGAAGAUGGCGAGCACCAGAUUCUUUACUGUGGCCCUGCUGGUCAUUUUCACCCUCAACAGCUUCCUUCCUCAGACAGAGUCAGUAAGCUGCUGCCUGUCAUAUACCAAGAGAAAUAUUCACUGCCAAAAGCUGAAGGGCUACACCAUCCAGACAUACAAGGGCAUCUGUGACAUGGAUGCGAUCAUCUUCCACACAAAAGCGGGCAAGUUCAUCUGUGCUGAUCCAUCAAAAGAGCAGACACAGGGGACAAUCCAGUGCCUUAAUGCAAGAGCCAAGAGUUUGUCUUGAGGAACCUUCCAGACUGUCAUUGACUCAACACAAUGACAAUGAAGCAAUUUAAGAAAAUAAGCUAUUUUACUUUUUUCAUUCUUGUGUACUUCACUACAUGUAUUUACUUUAUUUAAGAAAGUGAUUUCUAUUAUUUUUUUUAAAUGGUAUAUUUGAAUUGUAUUUCAGUUUUUUCUAAAUAUGUUUAUGGUAAUGCUGAAGUUUUCACCACUUCGUUAUUGAUCUGUUUUAUAAACAGAAAUGGCAUAGUGUCACAUCCGAAAUACUAUGAUGCCAAAUUUUAAAUAUUGAAAUGAAAAUGAAAACAUUUAAUGUUUUUAAAGAGUAUCACACAUUAUUUUUGUGUUGACUUUGUGCUGUCUUCUUCAUAAAAACAGUUUAAACACCUUGAAAGAAAUCAAUAUGUUUGUUUUAUUUGGCAAAAUUCUUAUAUAAUUUCUGUAUGUAACUCUGUGAUGUGGACAUGUAAUAAAGCUACAAUAAAGAUAUAUGUGUGUGAAACAUA